AUGGCCCCACAGCCCCUCACCACCACCAUCCGGACGUCCCGACACGGCGCCUCGCAGCCAGCAAUCUACGCGAUCCACUCCGGUCCCCAGCGGGGUGUGCAUCUACUAUCCCCACGCGUACCCAGGGCGGACCCACUGCCAGCCUCAAUCCAAUACCUGUACCGGCACCCAAUCAACGUGCACCGCACAUUCCUGACUGUGACUGGCGACUUCCUGCGGCGACGCUUCGACUCGAUCGACGCCGCAACGAAAUGGAUCGAUGAGCGCGACCGGGAGCGGGAGCUGUCCGACGCGCUCGAGGCGACCACACUCACGCCAUCCGCCGCCCCGCCCCCCACCAAUACCACACCACCACCCCCGCAACAGCAGGGCUCGAAUGACGACUCCGAUAUCGCCGCGCUCGUGUCGGAGCUGCAGGAGCUGCGCGAACAGGAGCUCGCGCCUUCCUCGCCGAUCCACGCCCGCGCGAGGAGGGCGAGUGACCCUGUGUUCAAGUUCGCGCCGCAGAGCAUGAGUGUCUCGGGUGUUGUGGAUGGCGGCAGGGUGAGCAAGACGCCGUCUUCGUCGCCCUCCGGGGUGAAGGAUAGGAAGAGGGUGGUUGCUGUGCGUGGGAAGUAUGGCAUGAGCCAUUUGGGUGUGAGACGUAGGGAACUACUGUAUAGUCUUGUGGCCCCCGAUGAUGAUGGCGCGGACGAGGAUGUCAGGAGGAGGGAGAGGCUGGCGGUGUUGGGUGGCGUGGUGGGCGUGGGCGGGCCGACGGGGAUGGGGAGUGCGUCGGCGUCGUCUUCGUCAGGAGGAGGAGGGGGUGGGAGUGGGGGUGGUGACUCGGCAAUGGAGAUCGAGGAAGAGCUCUAG